AUGACUGAAUCUAUCCCCCAAUGGGCUACCAACCUUUGCGACCCCGACUAUGCUAAGAAGAUCCAAGUAAAGUCCUCGAAUUCUUUGGCAUCACCGCCUGGGUUCAAGGCAGUGGGAACCUCUGCCAAGAUGACCAAGAAUAAAGAGUCCAAACCGGUUCAAAAACAAGAUUUAUCGGCUCUGGUUGUCCAAAAAGCCUGGCAGAUAGCAAUGCAGCCUGCAAAGACAAUUCCAAUGAAUAUGAUUGUGUCCUACAUGUCGGGCACCUCUUUGCAGAUCAUUUCGAUCAUGACAGCCGUUAUGUUCGUUUCCAACCCUAUCAAAAGCAUCGUGAACAUACGGCGAACAUUCAAAUCAGUCUCAAUGAAUCCUGAAGUAAAGUCCCAGGUCCUGAUGGCGAUGGUAAUGUACGUUGUCUUCCAAGUGGCGCUCAUGGCAAUCGGCGUUCACAAACUCAAUUCCAUGGGCUUGAUCCCGAACACCAAAAGCGACUGGCUCUUCUUAGAGCAGCCUACCGCGUAUAAGGAAAAGUCGUUCGCAUUCUAA